GUCGUCGUCGUCGCAAAAUAAAAGGUCGUCGAACAAAAAAAAAUCUCAAGUGCUAGGAAUCGUCUUGGUGCUUCCGUUCUAUCGAAGAUAUUUCCCAUUAAUUUAGACGGUUUUAUUCGGGUUUUUGUUUCGGGUUUCGCGUUUGGUGUCGUAGAUUCGGUUGAUUUUCGUCGCGAGGCGCCCGUCAAUGUUGGUAUUCGAACGAUGUGAUAGUGGCAAACCAGCGAAAGUGCAAUGUCCUUUGCCAGCAGGAAAAUAAUUUCUUCUCGUAGUGAUAAUAAUUUUCUCCGGAGCAGGGGCGUUUUUUGGAAUUUUUUAUUUCGAGCUUAGCUGAAUUUUUCUGUUUUGUGUGUUGGGAAUUCUGUUGCUUCGUUGUGGGAUUUGUCUGUUUGAAAUUAUCCGCAAGGAUCGAUUCACUCAAAUCGAGGACCGUGGCUGGAGCGCAUGAAAGAAUUGUCCGAGAAAGUUUCCAACGACAGAUUACGGAUUGGGGAACCACAUUUCUGCCGCUGUAUUAGCAAGAAUGUGGAAGUGUCACAAGUGUGGAAAGCCGGUUUUCUUUGCCGAACGCAAACAAUCACUGGGUUACGAUUGGCACCCGGAAUGUCUCCGGUGUGAGGAAUGUGGCAAACGGCUUAACCCUGGUCAGCAUGCCGAACACAAAGGUGUCCCGUACUGCCACGUGCCGUGCUAUGGGGCCCUGUUUGGACCGCAGCUGUUCGGUCACGGCACCCGGGUCGAGUCGCACAAAAGCUUCGGACAGCCGGAGCUCAAGAAACAGGCUGUUCUACGAUCGCCAGCUAGUCCCGCCAUACCGAGACCUCAUCUGGAGGCCAAAAUCAAAGCGUUCAAUCAAUUCACGAAUAGUAAAAGUCAGGAAAUUCGGAGCAGGGAGGUUAAUGGACGGCUGGUGUUGGAGGGAGCAUUGCGGAUCUAUUGGGGCGUCCAAGGGAUCAUUCACUUGAAGGAAGAUGAUGAUCAGAGAACGGUUGUGACGGUGAGGAAAAGGAAUUCUUACCGGUACAGUCAACCGGUUUCGAUGACGUCAGCUCUGAAUCAGAUGGAUCUGGAAGACAAAGAAAAUUUAAAUCCGGAUCGGAGCGAUCCGAUGAGUUCGAGUUUGACCGAAGGUGGCAACGAUACGACCACGAUUUCCGAAAGCAUUUCCUAUGACACGUUGAGCAUUUCCUCCGACAUCAAUUCGAUAAGCUCGUCCAAACCGAAUUCCGGCGAAAAUUCCAAGGAAACUUCUCCAAGUCAUGUCGCGAAUGGAGGAUCAAGCAAUAAUAAAUACGUAACGCUGCCACCAAAGUUAGACGUCAAACAGCUGGACUGGGACGAAAUCGACGAUUUGCUGCAGGUCGAGCGAAAGGUGGACGAAAACGAGAAACUGUACCGAACGAUGCCUUCGCCAAUGACCUCACAGCACGAUGGCCAAGCCGAUCAGAGUGAAAUUUCAGAAUCGAUAACCGAAACGGACUAUAAAACGUUGACUCCUCAAACCGUCACCAAUUCGUCGUCGACGGAUAGUAACAAAACUACCACAGCCACCACCCUGAAUGGGACGGAUGACGAUUUCCGAACCCCGGAAGGAACACUCCGGUCUCACGAUUUCGAAGCGUUCAAAAUGCAAAUGAGUCAGGAGUUCAUAAAUGGAGCAGCCGAUUUGGGAACGACCGAUGGAACGCUGAAGCUGAAUCAACCGAUCGAUCCGGCACGUAUCAACGAUUCGCUCAAGCUGUACAACGACUCGGUCCUGAACCGAAGUCUGUCCGAUGAACAGUGCCGACACGUGUUUUCACUGCCACAAGGAAAUAUUACGGAUUCAUUCCACGUGAUCAAUGACGGUACUCUGAAGCAUCCGGACAAUCUCUCGGUGUCGUCGCCAGCCAAAGUACCGAAAAAACAGAAUGGAGAAACCAGUGGCGGAUCUCGUACUCAGAUAGCGUAUCAACGGCACCAGUCGGAUUCGGUUACCUCCCCUGGGACGGACACCGACAGCUGGACCGGAGACCGGGGAUUGCUCCGUUCGAAAUCUCAAGGCAACAACUACUCGGGCAACAGCUUUAUGGACAGCGAAGACGAAGAGGGAACGGAAACGCUGAAACCUUCGGAUCGGCCUCAAACUUCGAUUCACAUCCGGAUGGAUUGUUAUGAUGAGCCUCCCCUGAAUGGACGAGGACCAGUCAAUGGGGAACUUUUACAAUCACCCAUAAACGGAACCGCGGGUGAGAUUCUUAGUCCGACGACGGACGAAAGUAUAACGACGGUUAGUUUGACCACAACGACGGCCACCACAACGACCGAAGGGGAAGAUGGAGUGGUGCUGAGGAAGCCACCCAAAACGGGCUCCACCGCCAUCAAGCGACGCUCCGGAAAUCGUCGGUCCCGGACCAAGCUGAAGCGACGCUGUUCGAUCAACGGACAUUUCUACAACAGGGAAACUUCGUUCUUCACUCCACCCUACGGAUCGCAGAUGAACGUUUGGGUCACUUCGUUGGUUAACACCCAGGAGGUCAUCACCCUACUCCUGGAAAAAUACAAAGUGGAGAGCAGGGCCGAGAAUUUUGCGCUCUUCGUCAUCAAGGACAACGGGGAGCAGAAGAAACUCAAAGAAGAUGAUUAUCCGCUGGUGAAUCGGGUCAUCCUGGGACCGCACGAGGACAUUGCCAAGCUGUUUCUGAUGGAUGGGCAGCAGACCCCGGAAAUAAGCAGCGAAGUGGCCCAGUUUCUGAAUCUCUCGAUCCCGGAGUGCCGCGCCAUCCUGGAGCGAUACCACGAAGAAGAACAGCGGGAACUGUUCCGAAUAAGAUCAAAAUACGCGGAACUCCGUCGACGAAUCAUUCAGCGAAUGGAAUCGCUAAAGGUUAGGUUGUAAAUUUGGUUCCAUCGAAUCCAACUGGAAGCACAAAGUGAAGGUGGCCGUCUGUGUCGAGCCAAGGAUCAAAUUCUAGUUCAACGAACUCAUCGUAAUUGGAGACGAGAUACUAAACCAAUUAUUUAGACUACUCUACCUAGCUUGAAAUUUCACGGAACUGCAGUCGAUGCAGUUCGUAUCGUAAGGAAUAUAAAGAGGAAGAAAAGUUUCUUCACACCUGUUCUAAAAGGUGACUAAUUCGUUCAAUUAUUAUUCACAAGCUUUACGAUGAGAGACGCGUAAUCGUUUAUUAUAUCAUCAAUCAAACGUAACAUUUAUACUGUUCUGUGUAUCUUUGUAAGUAAGGUAAAAAAAAUUAUGUAUUUACAUUUAUAGCUUUUUCUCCUAAUUAGGAAGUUUUUUUUGUAUUCUUUUUGUAUCAAAAUUGUAGAAUCGCUGGGCAAUCCGUUUCUAGUUGUCGACUCUUCUGUAGCUUUUUAUGUAUUACAUUACUUAAGUUUUCUUUGUUGAUAGAUAUCAAGAAGUAAUAUAUGUGGGUAAAAAAAUCUGUAGCAUCUACAAGCUUCCGUUCCGUGUUAGCUUGAUUGUUAGCGAAUAAUUGAAUUGUGUACGUAAUUUCUAAAUUUUGUGCUGUAAUUCAGGUGGUAUUUUACUUUUGCUCUGCUAACCGAGAAAGGUCUUUUCUCAUCGGACAAUUCAAUGUAUCCAAUUCAUAUCAGUUUGGUUCCAUUUCUUUCGUCGAAAGACAAACGGGAGGUUGUAACUUGAAGCUUUAAUGUAGACUUUGUGUUUUGUUUCUCUUCACAAACUAACCUAAUCGCUGAUGGGCGGCUUCUGAAAGUAAAGCAAAAAAUCCGUAGAAAAAUAACACCAGUAACCAAUAUUAUUCAAUUGAAAUCUACAGUAUUGAGUAAGAAACAAGUUGAAAAAAAAAUCGCACAAAGCUAAAUAAUGCAAAACA